CGGCUGCGGCGCUGCGCUCCCGAGGCUGCCGGGCUGUGUGGCCGCCGCUCGCCUCGCCGUCCCCCCGCCAUGUGGCUGCUGCCCGCUUGGGCGCUGCUCAGCGCCCUGGGCGCCGGUUCUGCCCAAUUGUUAUUCAAUGUGACAGACUUUGUUGAAAGAACUCAGUGUAAUAAAACUGUCAUUUUACCUUGCUGUGUGACUAAUCUAAAGGAAAACAACACAAAAGUCAUGUUUGUUACCUGGAAAAGACAAGGGAAAGUAAUUUUUUCUUUUGAUGGAGAAAAAAAUGAAUUCUACAGAGAUCAAAUGGUCCCAUCAGCUAACUUAGUAUCUGAGGCGAAUUUACCCAAGGGUAUUGCCUCUCUAACAAUUAAGAGUGCGGAAGCGGAAGCCGGAAAUUACAGUUGUCAAGUAACAGAAUCAAACAGAGAAGGAGAAACAAGAGUUGAACUUAGAAACCUCACAGUUGUCAGUUGCAACGAGGAAGGUACACCAGCACCAAAGGAAAAAUGUGGGUCAUGGUUUCUUCUAGUGGAAAGGGCUCUCAUCAUAGCAUUGCUGUUCUUAGUUAUUAUUUUGUGUUCGGCUCAGUUUAUUGCUAUUGCAUUAAAAUAUGAAAUUGUAACUCAGAAGAAAAUGGCCAUUAUUGUAGCAGGUAUCAUCUUCACAGUUGCUGCUGUUGUAGGCACUGUUCUUUUUGUUCAAGAUGGCUACACUGCACAGAAUCAAGCUGGUCUUGGCCUAAUUGUUAUCCCUUCUGUGAUUUUGGUGCCACUCCAAUACUUGAUGUUUCAAAUUGUUUUUGAUAGUCUACCACAAGCAACAUAUGCUCUGAUAGGUUUGCAAAUCCUUGGUUAUAUAAUUGCUGUGGUUGGUUUUGCACUGUGUGUCUCAGCCUGUCCUCCAUUACAUGGGUCUGUUGUGAUUGCUGGCUUAGCUAUUAUGGCUAUUGCAAGUUUGCUUAGCCUGGCUGACAUAUUUAUUAUGGGUUCCAGAAUGAAAGAUCAUCCUCGUCCAGGGAAAGCUGUAGAAGAACCACUAAAUGAACGGCAGAGUUAUGUGAUAUGUGAAAAGUACACUGUUGUUGGUACACCGUGGCCUUGAAGAUGCACUACUCAAAGAGAAGAAAUUCAGGAAACUAGUUGUUUUGCAUGUGUGGCAAAAGUGCUUUUGAUAUAAAUGAUGUAAUUUUAUAGUCACAGCAGCUGUAGCAAGGAACAUGUGUGCUUGCCCACAUGUGAUCAUUAUUUUCUUUUGUUAUGGUAUAUUUGGUACAGUUGAGGGUGAGAAUAUAAAAAGCACUGUUUGCCCACUACAAGGUCUCCCUGCAGUAAUCCUUAGUGGUAUUAUUUUCAAAAACUAUAAUUAGUCACUGCUUUGAUAAUGGGCCUGCUCAGCCCAAAGAUUGCAAUACCAUGUAGACUAUUGUUUUGUUUAUUUGUGUGCAUGGACAAGGUAUGGUCAUAUGUCUAUGAUACAAGCAGGAAGUAGCGAUUGUACAAACACUUCUGACAGUCAAACUUUUAUAAAAAAAGCAAAUUAAAUGCUUAUACACAAUGUUGUGUAAGUACAAAGUUUACUCCCAGCUCUCCUUAAGUUAUUAACUGAGUUCUCCUAAUUCCACAAAACAAUAGUACUCUUCUCCAUGGCCAGUAGUCAUGUAUUCUCUGGUGACUGAUAUUUUAGUCCAGUGAGAGAGCUCUCCGUGCCUCUUCUGUAUUCUUUGAUGAAAAACUGCUCAGCUAUUGGAGCCUAAUUCAGCACUGGAAUUACGGAGCAGAGCAGCUGGUAAUUUUCAUGCUGAAUGUGGUUCUUCUGUGUGUUCAUGUUGUGCGGUGUGUGGUACUGGAAGCAAUUUCAGACUUUCUUAACACAGUGAAUUUGUAAAACUCGUUGAUGCUUCAUAAAAAUUGGAGUUAUCCUAUUUAAUGUAUUUUUUAUCAAGUUUUAAAAUCUGUUUUAUUUAAUGGAAGAAGGAGCUGUUCCAUUUCUGACCCAAGUUUGUAAUGCUGCCAGUAUAUCUCAAAUACACAAAAUAGACAAUAAGAGGAGCCAAUGAGAAGUGAGGAGGCUCAUUUUCUGUAUAUAUGCAAGAGGUACAGGUAAAAAUCCAUUUUCUAGGACUUGCACAUUCCAUGAGGUUUCACCAUGUUUUACAACUGUUUUGAGAGUUGUUCCAAUGUAGUUGGCUUCUCUUGGGCUUUGUGUAUACUUUGUAUACUUCAUACUGUCUCCUGUUCACAUUAAGGUAAUAUGUUUCAAAGGCACACAUGGUUUUCUCCUUCUAACAAUUAAAAAAUUUGUUUGGAAAGCUGUUGCCAAACAAUAAUGUAAUAAAAUCCACAUUUUAAAAGAUUCUGAGUAAUUUGGCAAGGCUUAGAGUUGGAUGUUAUGAACUAAGGUUUAUAUCCAUGUUGUGGGUGCAUGUUGCAGAGAUUCAAGUCUGAGCAUGUUGAGCAGCUCCAAGUCUCCAUGCAGGCACCUUGCAUCAAGAAUAUUCAACAAAAUAAAAUUGAGGUAUCUGAUUUUGCAAUAUGUACUCAUAAACAGCCCUCUUGCUAGGGCUGCAGGACUGAACCCGUUAGAGCACCCAUGGUCCAGCCCUCACUAAGAUCAGUAGGACUGGCCACAGUGAAGAGGUUUAGUCAUGUGAUACAACAUUUAAGAAGCACAUAAGGUUUACAUUUACUUUCAUGCCUUCACUUAUGUCAGUGGGAGUAUUCAUAGAAGGUUUGAGCUCCUAUAUAUGAAUCGUUUGGUAGAGAUUUUUCCGUAAUCUCAGCAACCUACCUAAAAAUGGGAGAUGACUCGCCAUUUACAAUGAAGUGUAAGAACUUACCGGAUGAAGUACCACGCAGAGCUCCCUAUUUAUAACUAGUGAUUCCCUCUGGCAAGUCAGAAGUUGAGCAGUCGAGAAAUAAAAAAGAAACCCACUGGAAUUCACUUGAGGUAUUUUGCCUUAUAAAAUCCAUAAUGUACUACAGCUUAAUGUUAAUUUCUGUAAAGCAAACUGUAGUAGAACCUGUCUUUGUCACUGUGGGAUGAGGCCAAACAUUGCUGAAGCAUGAGGAGCUCGAGGGCUGUGUAUGGGCUGUAGAAUCAAUUGCCUCAGUAAUGAGAGAAACCCACCAUCCUGUUGUGUUAAGGGCUCUGCCCUGGAUUUCUCGUGGGUACAAAUUUAAAAGCAAGAGUUUAAAAAGUCAUUGGUACACCCAGCCCAUUCCCUCCAGGAGUCUUUAAACCAAAGUUGUUCACAACUGUUUGAGGCCAUUUGUGUAUGUAUUUGUGUGUAUAUAUAAAUUAUAUAGACAUUUUAAAUAUCUAUAGAUCCAUAGUAUUUACCCAAGAAAAUGUUUUUAUUUAUGAAACAUCAAACAAUUUUGUAAAUAUUGUCCUAAUAUACUUCAAAAAUAAAGUAAUUUUAAGUUGUU